CACAACAAUGACAAUGACAAAGAUGAUGUUCCAGGCAAGGUGGACGAAAAGGCAACACAAUUACAUGCCAUCGCCUCGCUGAAGGUUCUGCUGGAUGCCACAAAACCCCAACGGGGUGGUGCUACCACCUCGGCUGCCAAUCAUGUGAAGAUUAAUCUGAAAGAGACCACAUUAGCGGAUCGUCCAAAUGGCAAUAUUGAUACAACUCUAGAUUCGCCAUCGUUAAGUGGUCGUCGUGCCAGCUGGAUAGAUCAAAGGGUCAAAAUUCAAACGCGAAAAUUUAGCAUCAAACAGACACAAGAAAUCGAAGAUGAACCAGAGCCCCUGAGCAUGGCCUGGCCCGAUACUGCCCGUAAACGUUUAACUUAUAUACUGGUGGCACCGCUUUUAAUACCCAUGUGGUUGACAUUACCCGAUACUCGUACGCCCAAAGGUAAAAAACUAUUUCCGGUAACGUUUAUUGGUUCCAUAGUAUGGAUAGCGGCCUUUUCAUAUCUCAUGGUAUGGUGGGCCAAUGUGGCCGGUGAUACGGCCCGUAUACCACCCGAGGUUAUGGGUUUAACCUUUUUGGCGGCUGGUACCUCUAUACCAGAUCUGAUAACUUCGGUUAUUGUGGCGCGUAAAGGUUUUGGUGAUAUGGCUGUUUCCAGUUCUGUGGGUAGUAAUAUCUUUGAUGUUACCGUGGGUCUACCCAUACCCUGGCUCUUAUUUGGCAUCUUCUAUGGUGCACCCGUUGAAGUCAACUCCGUUGGCAUGGUCUGCUCCAUAACGAUAUUGUUUAUGAUGUUAAUAUUUGUCGUUAUGUCAAUUGCCUGCUUCCGUUGGCGCAUGAAUAAGGGUUUAGGUUUUACCAUGUUUUUGUUAUAUUUCGUUUUUGUUGCCGUUUCGUUAAUGUUUGAAUAUGAUGUAAUAACAUGUCCAGUGUAAAAUGUUAUAGACGAAAUUUAAAAAUUAUUAAAAAUAAAACCGUAAACAUUAUAUAUUAUAAUAAUAGUAACAACAAAAAAUACAAAAAAAAAACAACUUUAUAUACAAACAUAUAUAAACAACAACAACAAAAAAAAUUAAAUAAUAAUAAUAAUGAAAAAAACCAAAAAAAAAACAUUUAUAUAAGAAAAUUGUUAAUAAUUUUUAAGUAAGUUUAUUAAGAAAAUUUAUUAAUUUAAACCAACAAAAAAAAAACAGAAAAAAGUAUAUAAAAAUCAAGAAUUUGCAAAACUUGAUAAAAAUGAGUAAAAAGUGAAGUAAACCAACAAACAGAAUGUAUUGUACUUUAGCAACAAAAAAACAUGAAAAAAAAUUAACAAAAAAAUUAGCUAAAAAAUUAUAAAAAAAAUGAUUUAAUAUAAUAGAACAAAAAACUGCGUUAUUUACAACGCUAAAGUGCUCAUUAACAGAGAAAUUGUUAUUUAUUUAUUAAUUAUUAUUAAUUAUAUAAAAUUAUUAUUUUUUAACAUUUUAUUUUUAUUAUUAUUAUUAAAUAUUUAACAAAAACAAAAAACUAAAUAUUUUUUUUGUUGUUAUUAAGAAAUUGAUAAACCAAACGUAAACUUUAGAUAAAAAUUCUUUAACGUAAAAAUCUACGAAAAAUAAAACUCCUUUAUAUAAACAAAAGAAAAACUAUACUUUAGACUUUAAUAUUAAUAUAACAUUACUAAAAUACUAAACUAAUACUCGUACAUACAAAAACAUAUUACUAAUUAUAUAAAAUUUUUAUUAAAUUUACCUCCCCCUUUCCCCUUAAACCCUUAAAAAAAAACUCACCUACUUGUAUUAAAAAAGCUUUCAUUACCUUAUUUAGAUUGUUUUAAACAUUUAACUUUUUUUAGUUUUAAUAUAAUUUUAUUUCAUUAUUACGUGAAAAAGUUAAAAGCUCUCUAAAGCUUUUUUCAAUCAAUUUAGUUUUUAUAGCAAUAAUUGAAAAGCCAACAUUGUAGGCUCAUUUUGAAACGAUUUUUGUGAUUUUUAGCUGUAAAAAACGUAAAAGCGUUAAAAGCUCUAAAAAGCUUUUUUACAAAAGUUAAGUUUUUACAACAAUUUUUUAAAGGUUAACACUGUAGGCUUAUUUUCAAACGAUUAUUGUGAUUUUUUUGUAAAAAAAAAAACGUAAAAGCUCUAAAAAGCUUUUUUUUCGAAAAUGUAUAAUUUCUACAAUAAUUGAAAAGCCAACAUUGUGCACUAAUUUUUAAACGAUUUUUAUGAUUUUCGCUUUAAAAAAAGUAAAAGCGUUAAAAGCUCUAAAGAGCUUUUUUGCAAAAAUUUAGUCUUUACAACAACUAUUGAAAAGCCAACAUUGUAGGCUUAUUUUGAAACCAAUUUUGUGAUUUUUUUCUGCAAGAAACGUAAAAUCGUUAAAAGCUCUAAAAAUUAUUUUGAAAUGAUUUUUAUGAUUUUUGCUAUAAAAAACGUAAAAGCUUUAAAAGCUCUAAAAAGCUUUUUUUUUAAAAUUCAAAUUUACAAAAAUAAUUGAAAUGUAAUCAUUUUAGUCUUAAUUUGUAAGGAUUUUUGUAAAUUUCCGCUGUAAAAUCGUUAAAAGCUUUAAAAAGCUUUUUUACAAAAAUUCAACUUUUUUUAGCAAUAAUUUAAAAGCAAACAUUUUAGGCUUAUUUCAAAAUGAUUUUAUAAAUUUUAGCUCAUAUUUCAAUAAAAAGCUUUCAAAAGCUUUUUUAAAAACUCCAGUUAUUUUCGUUAAAAAUAAUAAAAAUUUUCAUUUUAACUUAAUAUCUAUUAAUUUUAACGAUUUUUAAUUUUUAAAGCCGCUUAAAGGUAAAAAGCUUUUUAAAGUAUAAAAGCUUUUAUAAGCUUUUUAGAAAAAAACUUAUAUUUUUCAAACAAAAACAAUGAAAUUUAUAUUUUUAGCCAAAUUUUUAGUUAUUCUGGCAUUUUUAGCUCAUAAAUAGAUGAUAGUAAGAAAAAUAAAAAAAGCUUAUAAAAGCUUUUUUGUAAAAUUUUAAAAUUUUUAAUAAAAAUGGUUCGUUGCUCUAUUUUUCCUGAUUAUGGCAAUUUUUGGUUCAUAAAUCUAAUAAAAGUGCGAACAGUUAAAAAAAGCUUUUAAAAGCUUUUUCCAAAAAUUUUAUUUUUUAAUAAUAAAAAUGAUUUUCAACCUAGAUUUAUGGUUCAUAAAUCUAGUAAAAGUGCGAACAGUUAAAAAAAGCUUUUAAAAGCUUUUUCCAAAAAUUUUAUUUUUUAAUAAUAAAAAUGAUUUUCAGCCUUAUUACUAUGAUUAAUGGUAAUUUUUAACCCAUUUGGCAGGUUAUAAAUGCAAAAAAGAUAAAAGCUUUUAAGAGCUUUUUUUGGAAAAUAGCAAAAACCGUGAUUUAACUUAAUUUCUAGUAACUAGGAUGAUAUUUGUUUAAUAAAACUGGUUAUAAAUUUUGAAUAGUAUAAAAGCUUUGUUAUAAAAAAUUAAUUAACUUUUCAAUAACAAUUAAUUGUCUGUUGCAUAGCUACAAUUAUUUUUUGAAGUAUGGAGCAGGUUAUUAGGGCAAAAAUUAUAAAAGCUUUUAAGAACUUUUUUGGGAAAUUAACAAACAAAUUAGGUUUUAACUUAAUUUCUAAUAACUAUGGUGGUUAUUGACUAAGAAAACUGGUUUAAAGCGUAAAUAAUAAAAAAAGUUUUUAAAAAGCUUUUUUCACAAUUUUUCUAUUUUUAUUAAAAAAUGGUUUUUAACUUGAUUACUAUUAAUUAGAAUAAUUUUUAGCUUAUAAAAAAGGUUAAAAGUGCAAAAAUUUUAAAAGCUUUUAAAAGCUUUUUUCACAAAAUAUGACAAAAAUUCAAAAAUUUGUUUAUAAUUUCUUUUUAAUUAAUUUAGCUUGAAUUUAAGUAGAGUUUUUGAGUUUUUUUUUAUAAAGCUUUUUAAAGCUUUUAAUGUUUAAUUUUUUUUUUCUUAUUUUUUUAUAAUUCUAUUUGUUUGUAAUGUUUAGUUUUCAACCAUUAUUAUUAUUUUUUUUUUUCAAAUAAUUACUCUAAACUAAAGCUUUUUUUGAGAAAAGCUUUUCCUAUAUGCAACAUAAAAUUAUAUGCUUUUAUUACUUAAUUGAAACUUAAACUAUUAAAACAAAUUUAAAGAAAAUAUUAAUUAAACUAUAACUAUAAUUUGCGUUAAUUAAAUUAUAUACUCAAAAAGACACUCAUAAAAACAUUUUAAAUAAAAGCUAUAUAAUUAAUAUGACCGACGAAAAAAAGCUUUUAAUGAAAAGAUUAACCAAAAAAACUUAACUAUUUGUAUAAUUUAAGUUGCUUUAUUAUUAUGAAACUAAACUAUAAAACUAAAUUUUUCUCUUUUAACAAAAACUCUCUCUCUAAAC